CGUAUAAAAUGGUGAUGCGCAUAUCUCUGCCGAAAUUCGAUCAUGCCGAACUCAUCUUUCUCUCCAAGCGCCUCACAACCCUUCAAUCUCUUCUUCCAUUCCACGCCAUUACAGUCACCACCGGCAACUCCACCAACCCCUUCAUCGCCGCCAAACUCAUCUCUCUCUACGACACUCUCAACCACCCAUCUUCCUCUUCAACCCUCUUCCACUCCCUUCCUUUCAAAGACACUUUCCUAUGGAACUCUUUCCUCAAAACCCUCUUCUCUCGCUCCCUUUUCCCUCAGCUUCUCUCUUUUUACUCCCUCAUGCGCUCUUCCAAUGUGUUGCCGAAUCAUUUCACUUUCCCUAUGGUUGCUUCUUCUUAUGCCCACUUGAUGCUUCUCCCUUCUGGGAUGACACUUCAUGGGUUGGCUUAUAAAGUUGGGUUUCUUCCUUCUAGUUCAGCUGUUGGGUCUUCCUUUGUGUCGUUGUAUUCAAGGUGUGGUAAAAUGAUUGAUGCAGUUAAGGUGUUUGAUGAAAUUUCUGUGAGGGAUGUUGUUGCUUGGACUGCACUUGUUAUUGGGCAUGUACAAAAUGGGGAGAGUGAGAAGGGUUUGAAGUGUAUUAGUGAGAUGUAUGCUGUUGGGGAUGAUCAUGAUGCUCGGAGGCCUAAUUCCAGGACAUUUGAGGGUGGGUUUCUUGCUUGUGGGAAUCUGGGUGAUUUGUUUAGUGGCAGGUGUUUGCAUGGUUUGGUUGUGAAAAAUGGGAUUGGGUGUUCGCUUGUUAUACAAUCUUCUAUUUUGUCUAUGUAUUGUAAAUGUGGGUUGCCCCAAGAAGGUUAUCAGUCCUUUUGUGAAGUGAUCAACAAAGAUCUUUUGUCUUGGACAUCUGUCAUUGGUGUUUAUGCUAGGUUUGGGUUGAUGAGUGAUUGUGUGAGAUUCUUUUGGGAGAUGCAGGAAAAUCAAGUGUACCCGGAUGGAAUUGUUAUUGGUUGUAUUAUUUCGGGUUUUGGUAAUUCUGGGGAUGUAUCUGGAGGGAAAGCUUUUCAUGGAUUAGUCAUUAGGAGACAUUAUGUGCCUGAUGAGAUGGUUUAUAAUUCAUUGUUGUUUAUGUACUGCAAAUUUGGAAUGUUAAGUUUUGCUGAGAGGCUCUUCUACUGGUGCCAAGGGAACAUAGAGUGCUGGAACUCUAUGGUGGCUGGCUAUGGUAGAAUAGGGAAGAACAUCAAAUGUAUUGAACUUUUUCGGGAGAUGCAGUAUUUAGGUAUUUGUUCUGAAUCAGUCGGCGCAGUUUCUGCAAUUGCUUCGUGUGGACAGUUAAAAGAAAUCAACUUGGGAAGGUCAAUUCAUUGCAAUGUGAUAAAAGGUUUUGUGGAUGAGACUCUCUUGGUAACCAAUUCACUCAUAGAAAUGUAUGCAAAAUGUGAUAAAAUGACCGUUGCUUGGAGAAUAUUUAAUCGGUCUGAGAGGGAUGUUAUCUUGUGGAACACUCUGAUUUCAGCUCAUAUUCAUCUCAAGCAUCAUGAAGAGGCCAUAAGCUUAUUUAACAAGAUGAUGAUGGAAGAGCAAAAGCCUAACACAGCCACUUUGGUGGUAGUACUUUCAGCUUGUUCUCACCUUGCAUCUCUAGAGAAAGGAGAAAGAGUUCACCGCUAUAUAAAUGAAAACGGUUUUAAGCUCAAUUUACCUCUUGGCACAGCUCUAGUUGAUAUGUAUGCCAAGUGUGGGCGGCUAGAAAAAUCAAGAGAGGUAUUUGACUCAAUGAUGGAGAAGGAUGUAAUUUGCUGGAAUGCAAUGAUCUCGGGUUAUGGAAUGAAUGGAUAUGCAGAAUCUGCGGUGGAUAUAUUCAAUCUUAUGGAGGAAUCAGAUGUUAAGCCAAAUGACAUUACUUUCCUCUCUCUUCUCUCAGCGUGUGCCCAUGCAGGACUUGUUGAAGAAGGGAAAUACUUGUUUGCUAAAAUGCAGAGCUAUUACGUGAAACCCAAUUUAAAGCACUACACGUGUAUGGUAGAUCUUUUGGGAAGAUCGUGUAAUUUAGAAGAAGCAGAAGAAUUGGUCUUAUCCAUGCCUGUUUCUCCAGAUGGUGGUGUAUGGGGAGCGCUGUUAAGUGCUUGUAAAACUCACAAUCAAAUUGAAAUGGGAAUAAGAAUUGCCAAGUAUGCUAUUGACUCUGAACCAGAAAAUGAUGGAUACUAUAUAAUGCUAGCCAAUAUGUAUAGCUCUAUAGGGAGAUGGGAAGAAGCAGAAAAUGUGAGAAGGACAAUGAAAGAUAGGUGUUUGCUGGGAAAGAAAGCUGGUUGGAGUGUGCUCUGAGCUAAAACUUCCUUUUCGGCAAGCUAAUCUUUGGAAGGGUCAAAGGAAACUUCUGGAAGUUUAGCAGAGUGUUAUAAUAAGCUUAACUUCUUAAGUUUGGCCAUUUCCUAAACCCUUUAUCAGCUCGUUAUAUUGAACAUAUGGGCUAAGGAAGCUGACAUAGCUUCCAUGAGCAUACUACAGGCAUGAAAACCUGUUCGCAUCAUAGCUUCCAUGCACAUACUACAGGCAUGAAAACCUGUUUGCAUCAUAGCUUCCAUGAGCAUACUACAGGCAUGAAAACCUGUUUGCAUCAUAGCUUCCAUGAGCCUUUGACAUCACUAUUCUGGAUACACAAGUCAUACAGAUAUAAUUGAGUUAACGACCAGCUGGCUUUUGAAUAUCAUUUGGGAUUGAACUUUGAAAAAAUCUAUAAUAAAAAUUAUAUCGUCUCUCUCAAGAUUCUGUUGCUAGCUUGCAACAGUAGAUUGAGUUUAUCCAUAUUAUGGAAAUUUUGCAGAUUGUUACUGUGCGUGCUCACUGUCAACAGGUUUUUUAUUCGGUUUGCUUCGUGAGCAAGUGGAAGUGCAAAAUUUCUUAUUAUGGAUUAUCAUAUUUAGCUAGUUGUUUCUUCUUGGGGACACAUUUCAUACAAUCUACAACAUUGAAUUAAGAACCCAAGAAAGUAAGAAACAAACAUUUUAUUGAACAGGCUACAUGUUGCAGUGGGAGGCAAUGAUACAUGUUUUCUUGAUAUUCUUGAGAUGUGUAUUCUUGUACAUCAAAUGCCUUUACAACAUCUAUAAGACCAGACACUGAUACACUAUAUAUCUGCUUUCAAACAAAUGGACAAAACACACUGAUCAAAAUAAACUACAUCUUUAUUUGGGGGACAUCAAAUGCUGCUUAAAGCUUCUCUAGUGUUAGCAAAACACAUGAAGAAUUGCUUUUAAUGGAGGAGGAGACCUUCACCUCCCU